AUGAAGCUUACUAUUUUGCUGAGCACCCUUUGGCUUCAUUUGGCUGUGGCUUCAGAACCGCAAUAUAUUCUAUGGGUCUCCUCUGUGAUCCAGAGUCACUCUACAGAAAAGGCCUGUCUCCACCUUUUAAACCUUAACGAGUCUGUAUCCUUGAGCAUUGUCCUAGAGUAUGGUGAAGUCAAUACCACUAUUUUUGACCAGUCUGUGGAGGAGGAGAACUUCUAUGCUUGCGCAGAUUUCAAGGUUUCUCAGAAGUCCUCUGCACAGUUAGCUUUUGUGACAUUGCUGGCUAAGGGAGAUACUCUUAAAAUCUUUGAGAGGAGGUCCGUAGCACUUGUUUCAGAGGUUGCUGAAGAGACAGUAACCUUCGUGCAGACGGAUAAACCCAUUUAUAAACCUGGAGAAAACGUUCAAAUUCGAAUUGUGACACUGAAUAUCAAGUUCAAACCUGUUGAUGAGUUGUAUCCUUUAAUCACACUUCAGGAUCCUCAGAACAAUGGGAUUUUUAAAUGGGAAAAUGUGGCUCCUUUUCAAAAUAUUACCCAACUCUCGUUCAGAUUGAUUUCGGAGCCAAUGUUUGGUGAUUACUCUAUUGUCGUGAGAAGCGCAUCGGGAAGGACACUGACACACCAAUUUACUGUUAAUAGAUAUGUGUUGCCUAAGUUUGAAGUAAAGGUGAAUGUACCACAAACAGUAACUAUUUCAGAUGAGGAAUUCCAAGUGGAUGCGUGUGCUAAGUACACCUUUGGCCAACCUGUGCAGGGAAAAGUCCAAAUCCGGGUGUGCAGAGAACGUUUUCCCUCUGAGAACUGUGGGAGAGACAAUGAAAUAUGUGAACAAUUUAUUGUACAGUUGAAAAAUGGUUGUGUUUCUCAAAUUGUAGAUACUAAAGUCUUCCAAUUCGAACGUCCUGGAUUUUUCAUGUUAUUUCAUGUCACUGUAACUGCUACAGAAACUGGGACAGGUGUGCAGAUCAGUGAAAAGGCUUCUAUUUCUAUUACUCCAUUUCUUGGGACUGUGACCUUUCAGAACAUGGACCCUUUCUAUAGAAGAGGGGUUCCUUUGUUUGGCACACUUAAAUUUUCUGGUCCUAAUAAUGUCCCGAUGGUGAACAAAUUAUUGCAGUUGGAGCUCAAUAACAAAUUUAUAGGAAAUUACACUACAGACGAGAAUGGCGAAGCUCAGUUAUCCAUUGACACUUCAGAUAUGUUUGAUCCGGAGUUCAACCUGAAAGCCAUGUAUGUUCACCCUCCGAGCUGCUCCGCUUCCAGCUGGCUGGCGCCUAAUUAUUUGGACGCCUAUUUCUCAGUCGCGCGCUUUUACUCCCGAACAGGCAGCUUCCUGAAGAUCGUUCCUGAACCGCAGCAGCUCAGAUGCAAUCAACAAAAGAUUGUUAGUGUGCAUUACUCCCUAAACAGGGAAGCGUACACGGAAGAUUCAAGUAUAAACUUCUUUUAUUUGAUGAUGGCAAAAGGAGCUAUCUUGCUCAGUGGACAAAAGGAAAUCAGAAACAAAGCCUGGAAUGGACGCUUCUCGUUUCCUAUCAGCGUCAGCGCGGAUCUGGCUCCUGUGGCUGUCAUGCUGGUCUACACCCUUCACCCCAGUGGGGAAAUCGUGGCCGAUACUGUCAAAUUCCAGGUUGAGAAGUGCUUCAAAAACAAGGUUAGCAUAAAGUUCUCUGAGGAGCAGGGCCUCCCUGGCUCCAACACCAGCCUCUACGUUCAAGCAGCCCCUGGCUCCCUCUGUGCGCUCCGGGCUGUGGACAAAAGCGUUCUUCUCCUGAAACCCGAACCAGAGCUGUCCGCCGACAGUGUGUACAACCUGCUUCCAAAUAUAGAACUCUAUGGUUAUUUCUAUCAAGGUCUCAACCUUGACGAUGGCAAGCCAGAUCCUUGCAUUCCUCAGAAGUAUAUGUUUUACAAUGGUUUGUAUUACAAACCUGUAGGCAACAAUGGAGAUGGAGACACCUAUGAUAUUGUCAAGACCAUGGGUCUGAAAGCUUUUACCAAUCUCCAUUAUCGAAAACCAGAACUAUGUUCAGAAGAGUGGAGCCCAUUCUCUGGAGCAUUCUAUUCAGACAGAGAAAUAUAUGAACCGAUGGACAGUGCCUCACCUGGGAUUGCUUACGCGAAUGAGAAUGUUGGCCCCGUAGAACAGGCUAUAACGGAAACAGUAAGAACGAACUUUCCAGAGACGUGGAUAUGGGACCUCGUCAGUGUCGAUUCCUCAGGUUCAGCAAAUCUUUCAUUCCUCAUCCCUGAUACUAUAACUCGAUGGGAGACAAAUGGCUUCUGUGUGAAUGGUGAUGCAGGAUUUGGCAUUUCGCCAACAAUUGCUCUGGAAGCUUCCCAACCUUUCUUUGUUGAAAUGACCCUACCCUUCUCCAUUGUUCGAAAUGAACAAUCCGACGUGAUUGUCAAUGUCUUCAGCUACCUGAAUACAUGUGCAGAGAUUUCUGUUCAACUGGAAGCAUCUCAGAAUUUUGAGGCAAAUAUCCGCACCCCUAAAAACAAUGGCAGUGAGAUUAUUCAAGCUGGAGAGAGGAAAACAUAUGUUUGGACUCUUACACCUAAGCAGUUGGGUAAAGUGAAUAUCACUGUAGUUGCUGAGUCCAGACCAAGUAGUGCUUGCCCAGAUGGAGCAACUGAGGAGCAAAAUCUAAACUGGAAAGAUACUGUGGUCAAAAGUUUGCUUGUAGAGCCCGAAGGUAUCGAAAAAGAAAUGACUCAAAGUUUCCUUAUUCAGACAAAAGGCACCAAAAUCUCCAUGCCAGUAGUUUUGGAUUUGCCAAACAACGUGGUAGAAGGAUCCGCCAGGGCUUUUUUCACUGUUGUGGGGGAUAUUCUAGGACUUGCGAUGCAGAAUCUAGAAAAUCUUCUGAAAAUGCCCAGUGGAGCUGGAGAUCAGAAUAUUGCCCUUCUAGCAUCUGAUACCUAUGUCCUUGAUUACCUGAAAUCCACUGAACAAUUGACAGAGGAAGUUAAAUCUAAGGCUUUCUCUUACUUAUCUAAUGGGUAUCAAAAGCAGCUAAUUUUCAAAAACGCUGAUGGCUCAUAUAGCAUGUUUUGGCAGAGAAAUCAGGAAGGAAGCAUAUGGCUCACUGCCCUGACUUUCAAGACCUUAGAGAGAAUGAAGGAAUAUGUUUUCAUUGAUGAACAAGUUCAACAACAGACCUUGAUCUGGCUUUUAAGCAAACAGGAAAGAAGUGGCUGCUUUAAAAGCGAUGACAAGUUAUUCAACAAUGCCUGGGAGGGAGAAGAAGAGGACCUUUUCCUCACUGCGUACAUUGUUAGAACAUUCUUUGAAGCUGGGCUCAAUUUUACGUUUUCUGCUGUACAACAAGGGCUCCUUUGCCUAGAGGAGGCACUGGAAAACGGUGUCACCAACGACAAUCAUCAUGCAAUCAUAGCUUACGCUUUUGCAUUAGCUGGAAAAGAGAAGCAAGUGGAAUCCUUGCUCCAGAUCCUGGAUCAAUCUGCUACCAAAAAAGAUAAUGUGAUCUAUUGGGAAAAAGCUAAGAAACCUGGGACAAAGGCAUCCCCAUCCUUUAUUCCUCGGGCACUUUCUGCUGAGACUGAGAAAACUUGCUAUGUGCUGUUGGCUGUCAUUUCUCAAAACGCUCCUGACCUCCACUAUGCUAGUAAGAUUGUGCAGUGGCUCGCACAACAAAUGAAUUCCCAUGGGCGCUUCUCUUCCAUCCAGGACAAUGACGUCUGCCUUCUUGCCAUAACCCGUUACAUGAAGCUAACAUUCUCUAAUGGUCAAAACAAUGUCACCUUUAGCAGCAAAAAUUCCAGUGAGACUUUCCAGGUUAACAAUGACAACCGCUUACUGGUCCAAUGUUCAGAACUAACAAAAGCAUAUGGAGAUUAUACAGUCGAUGUGGAAGGGCAAGGUUACACAUUUAUUCAGGCUACCCUUAGGUAUAAUGUGCUACUACCUAAGAAUGAAUCUGGAUUUUUCCUUUCCUUGGAAAUGGUAAAGAAAAACUGUUCAGAUAGAUUCCAGAGUAAUUUUGACCUGACAGUAACCACCAAACACAUUGGAAUGCGCAAUAUUUCCAAUAUGGUCCUUGUUGAUGUAAAAAUGCUAUCAGGAUUUACUCCAGUCGUGUCAUCCAUUGAGGAGCUUGAAAACAAUGGCCAAGUGAUGAAGUCUGAAAUCAAGAAUGACCAUGUUCUUUUCUACUUGGAAAAUGUUUCUGGUACAGCAAAGAGUUUCACCUUCUCUGUUGAGCAAAGCAACUUUGUGUCCAACAUUCAGCCAGCCCCAGUCAUGGUCUAUGAUUAUUAUGAAACAGAUGAGUAUGCCAUUGUUUAUUACAAUGUCGACAGUGCUUCAGUGCCCAUGAGACAAAACAAAGCACAGGAAAAGAAUAGAGCAGAGGGGCAAGGAGGUGACCAGCAGCUCAAGUUUCAAGGCCAGGAGAACCAGGGGGAGGGCGGCCAGGCCGGCUCCAGGGCCAAGACCCCAGGAGGAGAACUGAGCAAUCUUUUUAGAAAUCCAGAAAAAGCUAUUCCUUCAAGCAGGACUAAUAGGAUGGCAUCUAAUAUUUUUGGAUCAACUGAAGAACCUCAGAACAUACCUAAAAGGACCGAUUCCCCAGGAGGGAAAGGAAGUGGCAUCUUUGAUGAAUCAACCUUUUCGGAACCCACCUUUGUGGGAAGAGCAGUGAUAUUUUGGGGGUCCCAAGUAGCUGCCAUUUCACCCUUGGCAUACCCAAACAAACCCAAGGACCAUGUGUCCUGUUAUGAAGGAGAAGACUCAAAAUUGAACCUAAAAGCAGCAAGGAGCACCUCUACCAGAAAAGAGCUGGGUGAGAAAGGUGGCAGAGAGAAACAGCUCCCAGGGGCCGAGCCCAUGGGACAGGGUGACAGCCAGGAGCACAGCCUGGGCAUCAGCCUCACUCUCACAACAGGGUCCUGA